AUGUGGUGUCAUACUGCUCUGUCCCUGCAGCACAUACACAGCAGGCUAGCACCAGGGGCACCAUUCAGUUUGCUGGGUUACUCAUUUGGAGGGUUGCUGGCACUGGAACUGGCCCUGGAACUAGAGGCAGAGGGGCGGGAGGGACACCUGUAUCUAUUGGACAGUGCCCCCAUCUUCGUGAAGUUAUGGGUCAAACAUGUGAUGGGUAGUAACGAGAAGAAGUUUGAGGCAAAUCUCUUAUGCAGAAUGUUCAGUGUCAUUGCACCACAUGAAGCUACAGCAGCAGCUGUCAGUAAGUUGGCUCAGGAGAUUACGCCUAUGAAGACCUUGGAUGAGAAGGCAGAUCACAUGUUCACUUUACUUCCUGUGUUAAAAGACAGAGCUCAGCAUUUCAGAGCUGCUGCUAAGAUGAUCAAGUUUCGCGUAAAGGCUGCUGUGGGCUAUGAAUGGAACCCCAGUAAGAGGAUCAAGUCUCAUACUAUUCUUCUGAGGCCUACUUCAUCUGCAUAUGAAGUAGAAGAAGAUUAUGGACUCUCAAAG